AAACGUUCGGGUCGGAGUUCGUGAAAUUAAAACAGACAAAUUCCCUAGUGGUCAUUUUCACCCUAACUAACCUCAAUUCUGAUUACUUUUUAAUCCUAAGAUAGCACAUGUGUUGUUAUUGUUUUGGUCCUAAAUAAACACCAAUGUCGCGUCCUGAGCACUUGGCGCCACCCGAAAUCUUUUACAACGAAGAUGAGGCCCGGAAGUACACUCAAAAUUCUCGAAUUAUUGAUAUUCAAAUGCAGAUGAGUGAGCGUGCAGUUGAGCUCCUUUUGUUGCCUGAAGACCAGCCGUGUUAUUUGCUUGAUAUAGGUUGCGGGUCGGGGCUUAGCGGGAGCGUCCUUGAGGAUCAGGGGCACUUCUGGGUCGGUAUGGACAUAUCCAAGGCCAUGUUAGAUGUGGCCCUUGAAAGGGAGGUCGAGGGGGACGUUUUGUUGUCAGACAUGGGGCAAGGGUGCCCCUUUCGGGCCGGGUCGUUCGAUGGCGCGAUUAGCAUAAGCGCGUUGCAGUGGUUGUGCAAUGCUGAUAAAAAGUCGCACAAUCCCGUUCAAAGGAUUUACAAGUUUUUUAGCAGUCUUUAUGCGUGUCUGAGCCGGUCAGCACGGGCCGUUUUUCAGUUUUAUCCCGAAAAUAGCGAACAAAUGGAGUUGGUUACGGCACAAGCAAUGAAAGCGGGGUUUUAUGGCGGGGUUGUUGUUGAUUUUCCGAAUUCAACUAAAGCGAAAAAGUUUUUUUUGGUCUUGAUGACAGGGGGAAAUAUGCCGUUGCCGAAGGGAUUGGGGACAGAGGAGGAAUCACAAGGUGUUUCAUACAUUUCGAGGCGAGAGCAUGCCAAAAAAGCGCGUGGAAAACCGUUAAAGAAUAGUCGUGACUGGAUUUUGGAGAAAAAAGAACGUCGACGAAGACAAAUGAAGGACGUUAGGGCUGAUUCGAAGUACACCGGGCGGAAACGAAGCGGCAGAUUUUGAUUUAUAUAAAAUGUACCAUAAAUAAUACGAAAAAUAAAAGAGAUUACUUAA